UCCCGUUGCUUGGAAACGAUGCUUCUGUUUUGAUGCUUGAAUAAAGGAGGAGUUUUCUGUCAAAAAAAAAUCAACCAAAAAAAUUGGGGAGAAGCAGCAGGUGCUCCGCCUCUGCCGCCGCCGGUGAUCCGCCGUAGCAGCCGCUCGCCCCGCCGCACCUGAUCCUCUUCAAUCUACUGUUCCAUUCCACCCCGACCCAAACCAAACACACACUAAACACCGCCGCCGACCUCUCCUAAGUUGUGUCCCAUCUCACCGGAGAUGGCCGGGGCAGCUUCGUCGGUAGCGCCAGUUCUCGUCAUCUGCUUGCUGUCUCUUGUUCUCUUCUUCCACAGGUGCCGGAGCUGUGAGGCUGUGGAGAUAGAGAGGACGUUGGCGAUGAUCAAGCCGGAUGGUUUGUCUGGUAACUACACCGAAAAAAUCAAGGAGGCCAUCUUGGAGUCUGGAUUUGAUAUCAUAGAAGAGGCAGUUGUCCAGCUGGAUGUAGAGAGGGCAUCACUCUUCUACGCUGAGCAUGCCGAUAGAAGCUUCUUCAACAGCCUAGUGAAGUACAUGACGAGUGGUCCAGUUUGUGCUAUGAUUCUGGAAAGCCCCGAUGCCAUUUCAUGCUGGCGAAAUUUGAUAGGGCCAACUGAUGCAAGAAAGGCUAAAACUUCACACCCUGACAGCAUUAGAGCAAUGUGCGGCUUGGACUCUGAGAAAAAUUGUGUGCAUGGUUCAGAUUCACCACAAUCUGCAGCUAGAGAGAUUUCGUUUUUCUUCGGAGAUGAUAAAUCUGAAGCGCUGGAACAUGACGAGCUGUAGACAAUUGGCAUGUAUCCUCAAAAGGCAGAUAAUUUUUGAAGUUUGAUUUGCCCCUUCCAGCUAUUAGUUGAUGAAAAUGUCUGUACAUCACAUAUGUUGAUCUGACAUCAAACUUCUCCAGUUGAUAGCUUCAUCCCUUGGUUGCCAAAGGCUGUGACGGUGAAAUCACCACAGCGAAAUUUUGUCAAGCACUCCCAUCUAACUGAUUGUGUGUCCGUGAUGUCAAAAAAAAAACUGAUUGUGUGUCCCAGUUAAAUACACCCUCCGUCCGGAAUUACUUGUCGCAGAAAUGAAUGUAACUAGACGUAUUUUAAUUCUAAGAUACAUCCAUUUCUAUCCA